AUGAGUUUGAGAUAUUCAGAUCUCGAACCCAUCUCCUACUCAGCGCCGCGCGAUGGCUAUAAACAUGCAGUGUUAGUUAGUUUAGAAACGGCUACGUUAUCUGUCACCCAUCUUGUCAAUAAUCUUCCCGAUAAUGUUGCAGCAGCCAAAAAAUACUGUAAAUUCUCUCUUAUUAUGACCAAAGAUGAAUCAGCAGCAAUUUAUUUAUAUACGAUGGAACCAUCUAAUAGUCGUAGUGUUUAUCGAAUUCUAAAUCAGGCACUUCGAUCUCGAUCUGAUGUAAAUAUCGUACCAUGGUAUCCAUAUUUAAAACUUCUCUGUACAGCUUUAAAUAAGCUACCAUCUGUACAAAAACCGACUUGGAGAGGAGUACCAGGGAAUAUUAGUAGAGAGUACAAAGAAGGCAUAAAAUUCAUAUGGGCCGGCUUCUCAUCCUGUUCAGCAAAAGUUGAUGUCAUCAAAAACUUUCUGAACAAGUACACUGAUAACACGCUAUUUAUGAUUGAGUGUUACACUGGAAAAGCUAUCUCUGAAUAUUCUUGUUUUAAAUCUGAGGAUGAAAUCAUCUUAAUGCCGGGUACAAGUCUUGUUAUUGUCACAGAUCCGCUCGAUCAAGCGGGGGUACAUAUUGUUCAUUUAAAAGAAAUUCAAUCUCAAAAGUUAUACCCACCGAAGCCGAAAAGUGCAUAUUCAAAGUUUAGUUGGGCGACUCCAAAACAAACAUCUUCCUAUACGAGUGGUAGCAAUCAUUUUCACGAUUUAAAGACAUCUGAUAGUUCUCAUUUCAAAACAAAUACACAGUUCAUAAAGCCAAAAUCUGCUGCUCCUCCAAAAUCAUUACAAAACGGCAAAAUAGCGUUAGCCGAAGAAGCUAUACAACUGUCUGCUAAUGCGACAGAAGCUACGAUCGAACCAUUAUUUCCUGGUGCAACAGAGUCUAGAUGUGUUCCACUGUCUUCUCUUGGAACACCUAAUAGAUCUGAAUAUGACAUAAUGAUUGAAUAA